AUGGAGCCCCCGGCACAAUCUCCCUUGAAAAACCUUCAGUCUGCAUCUUCGGAGCCCUCGACUGCUACGUUCAACUCUGGAGAUGCGGCGGCGCAACUAGUGGAGGGACUGCAGCACCACCCAUUUACCAGUAGUCAGAGUUUACACAUGACCUUGGAGAAGCGUCGCCAGGCCCUUGAGCAAGACAAAACCCGCGAUCAGUACCUCCUUUUCACGGCUGUCCCCCCGGCCGUGUUCUCCAGACUGAGCGAUGAUCGGUCGCGGACAAGCAAGCUCAGUCGAUUCUCUUACAGCGAAACGGGAACCCUGGUAGCGAAAGUGAUGCCCUCGCCCGAGCACCACCUGUCGGCAAGCUCAUUCGAAUUCCUAAUCAAUCUUGAGCUGCAUUCUAUGGGAUUGAGACAUGAUGUGGACUCCCUUGGUUCAGCGACAGUGACAAUUGGCACUUGGAAAAAAGAAGCGGAUUGCUGCUGGGCUCCUGCACAACAGGAUACUGAGCUAAGUUUCGUAGUCGAAGUGGGCCUCUCUGAGUCUGCUCGGCACCUGGCUCUUGAUGCUCGAUGGUGGUUGGAGGCCCGUUCCUCAUCAGUCAAACUCGUUGUCACCAUUGGUAUCAACCGGAUGAAUCCCGAGGUCAUCAUGCAGCGUUGGGAGAUACUCCCCGGGGAAUACCAUCCACUCGCAGGGUCUUCCCCUGGGUCAGCUCGCCCUUCUGCAACCAUCACGAUCUACCGGACGAAUAACACAACGUUUAUCAGCGGCGGACAGCUGGAACUGCCUUUCGAGAAGGUUGCGGGCCGUCAAGCAAACCGACCUACAGAAAGAAACCUAAUAGUUCCAGAGCAAAGGCUUCGAAAUUUUGCGGAGAAAAUCUGGAGGAAGCAAGGCUUCCUAUAG